AUGAGUAAAAGGUUAGCGAAAUUGCACAAACCGUGCGACAAACUGGACAAGUAUGACGACGAGCCGUACAUGCAAAACCCUUUGCUGAAGUUGUUCCUGUCCGAGGUGAAGGAACGCCGGCACUACAGUUUCAUUCGACGGAAGGCGGCCGUGGAGAAAAUCAAAAUUUGUCGCAGUACAACGGUUGACUUUGAGGAUGUGAUUCCGCGGCCACAGUCAUACUAUGCCGAGCGGCUUCGUGAGCAUGCCCGGCGUGCCCCGGUGCCAAAGAUGCUGACCAGCACGGAGGACAAGAUCUUGUCGUAUGUCCCCAAGCGCCUGCGCGUCCAAUACCCAACCGUACUGGCCGCCUACAUGACCGAUGUGCACGCCGAGUUCGACAAGGUCAUGAAGGCUUACAGCUGCCAGAAGAUCCUGAAACCAGGACCGAACGAUUACGUACCGGAGCGGAUCAAGUUUGAGUUCAAGCGUGUCGGUCGCACGGACAACUACCGCAACUACAUGCGGUGCCGGGCGUACAUCCAAAGGAAUCUGUUGCUACCGCAUCCAUUCGUACGGUGUAUCGUACAUUACGCGUUUACUGAUCUGCCGGUGUACUUUAACGAUUACGCACGGUACCGAGCGGGCGAAGAGAUCACUCUCAACGAGUUGCGCGAUCUGAUCAAGAAGGAUCUGCAAACGGUAAACGCACUAAUCACGAACCAGUGGUACCCGAAGAUUGUGGCCAUCCUCAAGAAGCACUAUGAGCGGCGCACGUUACCAAAAUCCAUGUGGCCGAAGGUGCUGCACUGUGCCGGUGGGCUCAUCAACCGCCAACUGAACGAAGCCAAACUCCGCACAAUCGGUUACCUUGAGCGAACGAUCCGGAACGUGCGCCAGAUCCCGCAGAUGAAGAUCGUGGCCGUUUGUGACGGGGGUCAGCUUGAUUUGUUCCCGAGCCUGAACGACAUCUACAGCGUGUACCAGAAUGCGAUCGAUGAGGUAAUGUCGAUUGGAAAUCGAUUGGAUUGUCUCGAGUCGCUCAUCGAUCCGACCGGUUUCGAGUCAACGAAGGGAACACCCUACCUGCGCAUCGGAAUCGCCGAUCGGUGUAUUGAAGAAGCACAUGGCCAGAUACAAGACGCCCUGACCAGUGCUUUUCAACCGCUGGCGCACUAUCUGGAGAAUCUGCGGGAACAGUUUAGCGGACUGCUCGAUCCGGCCACCGAGGAAGUGCUGGAUGACUUUCUAUCCGAGCCGCGUACCUUCGACGAGUAUAUCGCAAAGAUUGACGAGUUCCGACGGUACAAGGAGCGGCUGCUAGCGAUGGUGCAGAAGGAGUACUUCCCGAUGGGUUACGUCACUCAGUCGGACGCGAUCGUAAGCUUGCGCAAGAUGGUGGAGCAGUACAUUGGGCAGGUAGCGGAUCACAUCGAGAUCGAACAUCGGCGUGAGAUCGAACGCAUCUGUCGGGAGUUUGAGAAAAUCCAGGAGCGGGCUCUUGAAAUACCAACCUCGACCGAGCAGCUGAUGGCCAACGGCGAGUACAUGACACGUGUCAAGUCGGAUAUUAUCGAAGAGCUGCGGGACAAGAUUCAAACCACUAUGAGGAUCAACGCGUAUCUGGUGGAACUGAAGGAGCUUAAAGCGGACCAGAUGCAGCUACAGGUUGAAAGCGUCAAUUGGUACUUCCGCAUCCAGUCGGUGUUUGAGGUGAACUCGACGAACUUUGAACAGUACAAGUUUUCGUUCGAGGAGAAGCUACAGGAGGUGACGAAACAGUUGAACGAAAAGAUGGAGGAGAUGAUACCGCACAUCGCCAUUAUCAACGAUAUGACGGAGACGGAUAAGUUUCGGGACUACAUCGUCGUGCUGCACGGCUACAUCGAUCAGAUCUUUGUGUUUGAGGAUUACGUCAAGUGGAUCAACAAGGAGGAGGUGCUGUUCAAGUUUCCUAAAUCGCAGUACCAGGUGCUGGAGGCGAUCAAAUCUUUCGUCGUACCGUUCUAUAAGCUUAUUCGCUUGUGCAUGCGAUGGUUACGCUACUACAACGUGUGGAUGGACGGACCGUUCGAAUAUCUGGAACCGGAAUUUGUGAAAUCCAAAACGGAAGAGUUCUUGAAGGAGUUUCAGAAGACACAAAAAUAUUACCGCAACCGCAUCAAAGCAGAUAUGCUGGAAAAUACGCUCUGCAAAUUUAAGGGGCAAACCGAGGAUCCAGAUCCGGAGAAGCAUCCCUGCCCGCUGAAGCUGUGCGCUCGAAUGGCGCAAUCGAUUCGAGACUUUGAUCGUGGCGUAUACGUGGUGAAGAUCAUGUGCAAUCCGGCGCUGAAAGAUCGUCAUUGGGACGAGAUGUCCGAGAUAGCUGGGUUCGAUCUGACACCAGAUGCUGGAACCACGCUGCGCAAAAUCAUUAACUACGGACUGGACCGUGAGCUGGAAAAGUUCGACAUCAUCAGCAUCGGCGCAAACAAGGAACUAGCACUGCAGCAGAGUCUCCAAGCGAUGAUCGCCGAAUGGG